AUGGUUUUUUAAAUUAAUAUUUUAGUAUAAAAGUUCAUUAAAUGCGUGCAUUUUUAUUCGAAAAAGGUGCGGAAAUGUAUACAACAAGCUUUGUUUCGCUGUUUUUUGUUUUACAAGUUUCUGGUCAAAAUACGAACGUUGUGCUUAUAAAGAAUCAGGAUGUUGAAUGUUUAAAUAAACACAACGGACUCAGAAGUUUGCAUCAAGAUACAGGAAACCUUGAAUUAGAUGCAACAGUCACUGCAAGUGCACAAAAACAUGCCGAAUACUUAGCAUCAACAGGAACUUUCACACAUAGUAAAAAUAGUCCCUACGGCGAAAACCUAUAUAUGAUUUCUGGUGGGCCAGCUGAAGGAGUAUGUGUCAAAGCCAGCACGAGUUGGUACAAUGAAAUCUCAAAAUAUAAUUUCAAAAAACCUGGUUUUUCUAUGAAUACGGGUCACUUCACCCAGGUGGUUUGGAAAGAAAGUAAAAAAGUUGGAUUCGGAAUUGCAAAACAUAAAAAUGGAAAAGUUAUAGUUGUUGCACAAUACUUACCACGAGGAAACAUGAUGGGAGCUUUUCCGAAAAAUGUUUUGCCACUUAAGCAGUAAAGCAAAACAAUAAAACAAUGUUAAAGAAUUCACGAAAUUAAAAGAUUUUUUUUUUUAGAAAUAUACUUAAUAAAUAUGUAUGUAAGUUUUUUAGUAAACAGCGAAUCUUGUACUUUUAUUGAACUAAAUGAACCUAAAAGAUUA